UUAGCGUCCGCUAUUCGAAUGUGUGGUUGGAUUGCGUUUUGUGUUGUGCAGUUUUAAUUCGAAACUCGCGGAAUAACUUAUUCGUGUACUAUUUUGAUGUGAAAAGUGGUGAAUUUGAUGGUGAAGUGCUUACUGGUGUGUUUUCAUUCAUGACAACUUUGCUUGGACUUUUAAUACAAACUUCGAAGAUCUUCAAUAUCAUUGGAAUUCACUUGUCUUGAAAUGAAAAAAUCUUUCGUGUAUUAAAGAUUAUUUAAGAAGGGAGUCUAAAUAUGGCGCUAAAUUGAUUAGAAUACUUCCGAGUUGAUUAAAUUUUUAAAAGAUGUCGAACCGUAGCAGUUUGCGGGCGCGGUGGAGGCACUGCAGGUGAACUCUCACCAUGCCUCGGCUGUGGGCGCACGCGGUAGCCGCCAUCUUGCUGGUGGCGGCCGCCCGCGCCUACCUCGUACUCGUCCCCGACUCCGCCCGGCCCGGCCACGUUGUCCUCGAUGCCGCCGUCUACAAACUCGGCUCCGAGAGAACCUACACCAUCGACGUCCAUCGCACCGCCAACUUCGUCCACCACAUCCUCAGAGUCAACAGAACCACCGGCCUAGUCACACUCCGCAAAAGACUCCGAUGCGAUGGCGUCAUGUACCCUAAUUUAUUCACCUUCUAUGUAGACUCUACUUCCGAAAGAAUCAGAGAUAUAGAUUACUACAGUCUCCCAAUCAGAGUGCUGGUCACCGGAGAAGAUUGCAGUCGGAGACAUGCUGAUCUUUAUGACAUAGAUUUCGACAGGGUUUAUGAUCAAAGCGACUCUGCUCUUCAGUAUGAGGACGAACCUAACAGAGAUAAAAGAGAAGCAAUAUUUUCAGAGAGAGAUAAUAUAGACUGGAGGUUGUUAGAAUCGGAGGAAAUAGUCUCUAGUCAAUACAGUGUUCUUUCAACAGCAGAUCCAUGGCAACAUACAUUAUUUGAGGAUUAUGUAGCGAGAAAUAAAAGUAGAAGGAAACGAUCUCAUUCUUUAGUGCCAUUCGACAUGGCUAUAGAUGUAAAGAUAGCGGAAGCGAAGCAGUGGAUUUCGGAAACGUACGCGAGUUUUGCGAUCCCAACGACGGAUAGGUGGCAAGGGAUCUGUCUGAAGCAGUCGCAAUUUGUCAAUUCAUUAACAGCUUUUUUGCCAAGAACAGUUCAGAAGAUGUGCAAAGUGCAGUUCUUAGACGUCAGUGAUCCACGAUUUACUAUAGAAAAUAGUCAAGGGGAUUUGGUAGCGAGUGAUGACGUGUGUAUUCAAGAGCCAAUGUGGAAAGUCUCCAUUUUGUUCACGUUUAACUGUGAUCGGACUAAUAUCAUAGACUCCGACCACAGGCUGAAGAUAGUGUAUCAUCAUCAGGAGUUGAACGAUACUGAUAUUGCCCGGAGAGUCAAGAGAGAGUUGCGCAAUCAGUCCCCGUACUUCGAGCAGGCUUUGUACAUGGCUUCAGUUGCAGAGGAGCAACCCCCUGGAGUUGUUGUCACUACAGUUAGAGCUCGUGACCCAGAAAACAGCCCAGUGACGUACUCCAUGUCAAGUCUGCUGGACUCCCGUUCUGCUGGUAUGUUCGCGGUGGACUCACGAACCGGCGUAGUCACCACCCAGGCCAGGCUGGACCGGGAACGGCUGGACGUGCAUUACUUCAGAGUGGUGGCUCAGGAUGACACCUUCCCACCUAGAAGUGGCACUACCACUUUGCAGAUCAACGUUCUGGACUGCAACGACCACUCUCCAGUAUUCGAGAUGCAACAGUACGAAGCUUCUGUGAGAGAGGGCGCCAGCCCUGGCACCACAGUACUCACCCUCAAGGCCACGGACCAGGACAUCGGCAAGAAUGCUGAGGUGGAAUACUCAAUAGAAUCCGUCACAGCCGAAACCCUCAACACUGAGGACACCAAUGAGUCCAUAGAAACCAGCGGAGAAUCUUCAUCAUCAGACAAUCAAGAAGUGUUCAGGGUAGACGGGAGGAGCGGCGCUUUGCUGACCAGGUCGAGCCUUGACCGGGAGAAGGUGGCCAGAUACACUGUCAUCGUGAAGGCCACUGAUAUGGCUAGUCCAGUUUCUGAUAGGCUUACUAGCACAGCAACGGUCCAUGUUAACAUCUUGGACGACAACGACAACUACCCGCAGUUCAGUGAGAAGACGUACACUGUGACUGUGGAUGAGGAUAUCAGCGUUUCUGAUAACCCUGUCAUCGCCAGGAUCAAGGCGACUGACGCAGAUGUAGGGUCAAACGCAGCCAUUCGCUAUGCUAUCAUCGGAGGCAACACUCAGAUGCAAUUCUCCAUAGACAGCCUGAGUGGAGACGUGUCGCUUGUCAAGCCACUGGACUACGAGCAAGUCAGGAGUUACCGGCUUGUCAUCAGAGCACAAGACGGAGGCAGUCCAUCUCGCUCCAACACCACACAACUGCUAGUCAACGUCAAAGAUGUCAACGACAACGCUCCAAGAUUCUACACGUCACUGUUCCAAGAAUCUGUCAGCGAAAACGUGCCGAUUGGAUACAGUAUUGUUAGGGUGCAAGCCUACGACGCAGAUGAAGGUGUAAACGCAGAGCUAACAUAUACACUAACAGAUAAAGAGUAUGGCAGUACCACCGAUCUGCCAAUCACAAUUGACCCUCGAUCAGGAUGGGUGUACACGUCUGCGCCACUGGAUAGAGAAGUGCAGUCUAAAUAUCAGUUGCAGGUGACAGCAACAGACGGUGGUAGCCCCCCUCGAUCGGCCACAGCAUCAGUGGUCGUCGUGGUACAAGAUGUCAACGACAACGAUCCAGUGUUCGCUCCCGGUCAAUACGAUGUGGAAAUAGCUGAGGAUGAACCACCUGGAACUCCAUUAGUCACUGUCACUGCUACCGACGCUGAUGAAGAUAACAGACUUCACUACGAGAUCACAGGUGGCAACACUCGCGGCCGUUUCUCAAUAACAUCUCAAAAUGGCCGCGGUCUGAUCACAGUUGCUCAACCUUUGGACUUCAAACAAGAGCGGAGAUAUGUCUUGACUGUGACUGCUACGGACAGUGGGGGUAGAUCGGAUACUGCAAUGGUGCAUAUAAAUAUCACUGACGCUAAUAACUACGCGCCGGUAUUUGAAAAUGCACCUUAUACCGCUGCGGUAUUCGAAGAUGCCCCAAUAGGCACCACAGUGCUAGUAGUAUCGGCCACCGAUAGUGACGUUGGAGUCAACGCUCAGAUAACAUACUCCCUCAGUUCGGAGAUAUCCAACGAAGCGGUCACCCAUCACGACCAGGAGUUUGUAAUCAAUCCUCAAACCGGAGCUAUCACUACUAACAAAUUACUGGAUAGGGAGACUAUGAGUGGAUACCUGCUCACAGUGACAGCCAGAGAUGGAGGAGUGCCAGCCUUGUCAGACACGACUGAUGUGGAAAUAUCUGUAGUGGAUGUCAACGACAAUGAACCAGUGUUCAAACAACAGCUCUAUACCGCUACUAUCAUGGAGGACGCUUUAGUUGGCACGUCAGUUACCCAAGUGAGCGCAACGGAUGCAGACGUGGGUCUCAACGGGCGCGUCCACUACGAACUCGAUGCUAGAGAUAGGGAAGAAGGUUCUUUCGUCAUCGACCCAGCGUCAGGAGUCAUCCGGACUAACAAGCCCUUGGAUCGUGAGUCUGUGUCGACACAUGAUCUGAAGGCGUUAGCUAUUGAUGGAGGCACGCCGCCACAGAGUUCUACUGUCAUCGUCCACAUAAAAGUGGAAGAUAUAAACGACUCACCACCAGUAUUCGAGAGCGACUGUCUAACAUUCUAUGUACCUGAGAACAGCCCCAUCGGUACUACUAUCGGAGAAAUAUACGCACAUGAUCCAGACGAAGGACCAAAUGCUGUUGUUCACUAUUCUAUAAAAGGUGGUGAUGAUUCUAGCAGUUUCUCUCUCGAAACGCGUCAAGGCUCCGAUAAGGCAGAACUAGUUACUAUGGUGGACCUGGACUACGAAAGUCCACGGAAGAAAUACGAGCUCAUCAUCAGAGCUGCAAGCCCUCCGCUAUGGAAUGACGUCAGAGUGGAGAUCCUAGUCACGGAUGUGAAUGAUAACGCGCCGAUGAUGAAGGAUUUUCAGAUCAUCUUCAAUAAUUAUAAGGACUGCUUUCCUGUGGGACCGUUCGGGAGGGUCCCAGCGUUUGAUGCUGAUGUUACUGAUAAGCUCCAAUAUAGGAUACUGUCUGGAAAUAAUGCAAACCUUGUACUCUUGAAUGAGACGACUGGCAGUAUGACACUGUCUCCACAACUGAACACCAAUGUGCCCAAGCUGGCUACCAUGGAAAUAUCGGUUAAUGACGGGGUGAACGAAGUGAAAGCAAUGAUGCAGCUAACAGUCCGAUUGAUAACGGAAGAAAUGCUGUUCAACUCCAUCACAGUCAGACUGAACGACAUGACUGCUGAACAGUUCCUGUCACCACUGCUAGGGUUCUUCGUGGACGGCUUGGCGGCCAUCAUUCCGUGUCCAAAGGAGAACAUCUAUGUAUUCAGUGUACAGGACGAUACAGACGUAACAGGAAACAUUCUGAACGUGUCGUUCUCGGCCAAGCGCCCUGACGCUGAGAUCGGCGUCACUGGCGACACCUCGCAGUAUUACUCGCCCACUCACUUGAGGGAGAGAGUCUACUUACACCGGGCCACUUUGGCUAGGCUAGCCACUGUUCAGGUGCUACCUUUUGACGACAACGUAUGUGUGCACGAGCCGUGCCUAAACUUCGAGGAAUGUCUCACUGUACUCAAAUUUGGCAACGCAUCGGGCUUCAUCUCCAGCGACUCCGUCCUCUUCAGACCCAUUUAUCCUGUCACCACCUUCACUUGCAAGUGUCCGCAUGGCUUUACAGGAUUAAGAGAACACUACAUGUGCGAUACAGAAGUUGAUCUAUGCUACUCCUCACCGUGCGUCAAUAAUGGAACCUGCGUGCGUCGGGAAGGCGGAUACACCUGCGUCUGCGCAGCCGGAUUCACUGGAGUGAACUGCGAAAUGGUGUUAACCCAAGCCACUUGUGAUAUAAACGGAGAUGGAAGUAUAUGUCGCAGUGGGUCACAAUGUGUGGCAAGAAAAGAAGGCGGCAUUCUGUGCCAAGGAUGUACUAUUGAUACGGCCUAUACCACAGCCAUGUGCGAAUUGAAGGCGAGAAGCUUCCCGGCUUCUUCGUUUCUUACCUUCCCUGGUUUGAGGAGGAGACAUCGAGUGCAUUUGAAGUUGAAGUUCGCCACCCAAUCACCAUCCGGCCUUCUCCUCUACAACGGCCGCUACAACGAACGCCAUGACUUCGUCGCCCUAGAGCUGAUAGCCACAGGCGCGGGGCAGGCGGGGGGCGCGGGGCUAAGAUUUACCUUCGCGCUCGGGGGGUUGAAGAGUGAGGUCACUAUAGCUGCCGAUGUGACUGAUGGCAUGUGGCAUUCUAUAGACGUGGAUUACUACAAUAGGACGGCGACUAUGGUGCUAGACAACUGCGAUAAGGCGUUAUCUCUGAAUGGCGCAGCGUCGCUCGGACCACAAUACGCAUGCGCGAAUUUCACGAGGAAAGUGCUGCCACCUCGGUGUGACAUACCCACGGAAACCUGUCACAGAUUUUUGGAUCUGACGGGACCACUACAAAUCGGUGGUCUCCCCAACAUCCCAAGCAGUUUCCAAGUGAAGAACAAGGACUUCCUCGGAUGCAUUUCUGACUUCUAUAUCGAUCACAAAUUCGUCGAUCUCAACAGUUACGUGGCGGACAACGGCACCUUAGCCGGCUGCCCAGAGAAGCGAUCUCAGUGCAGCUCGGCGCCGUGCUACAACUCGGCCGAGUGCACUGACCUCUGGGACUCGUUCCUCUGCGACUGUCCCGAGGGACACUCUGGGAAGGACUGUGGGGAAUCCACAUCGCCACCAUGGCGUUUCAGCGGUGACGGCAUGCUAUCCUUCAACCCAUUACUCCGCCCAAUUCAACUUCCGUGGCUAAACGCGUUCUCGCUGCGAACGAGACAACAAGACGCUUUCCUCAUGUCCAUACAAGUGGGGCAGAACAGCAGCAUUCUUAUCAGUUUGAAAUCCGGCCUACUCCACUAUUCCUACAACGGCGAAUCCAUGUUCCUGCCAUCGACAACUCUCUCCGACGGUAAAUGGCACCGAGUGGAGAUCAAAUGGCUCGGCACCGACAUUUCAGUGGCCAUAGACUAUGGAUUACGUACUUCACUAUUGCCAAUGCUAGCCAAUAAGGUGCAAGGGCAGUAUAUUGGGAAGAUCUUGAUUGGCGGACCUGAUACUACUGCGGGGCUAUUGGCAUCUGAAGUUGGAUAUUUUGAAGGAUGCAUACAGGACGUCCGCGUGGGCGGCGGGCAGGCGGCGCUGAGCCGGCCCACCGUCCGCGAGAAUGUGCGCGACGGCUGCGUCUCCCGCGCCGACUGCAUGCUCUCCAUCUGCCCGCCUUUUAGUAAAUGCGUAUCAUCAUGGGAUCACACGUGGUGUGAAUGUGAACGCGGUCGAGUCGGCCCCCACUGCGUUCCGGCGUGCGACUUCAACCCGUGCGGAGACAAUGCUAGAUGUAUAUCUGACGAUAGCGAGAAGGGUUACAGUUGUCAGUGCGAAGAUGGAUACAAGAUGACUGACGAAGGUUGCGUGGUAAUCGGUGCCGCAGUAUGCCCAGGAGGCUGGUGGGGCGGCGAGGCGUGCGGGCCCUGCGACUGCCCCGCCACCGGCGACUACCACCCUCACUGCCACCCCACUACUGGGGCGUGUCGAUGCAAGGAAAACCACUACAAACCCGAAGGCUCGGACAUCUGCCUCCCGUGUCAAUGCUACGCGGCGGGCUCCGCCAACAGUUCGUGCGAUCUCUCCACCGGACAGUGCCACUGUCGCGGCGGCGUCAUUGGCAGAGCUUGCGACGCAUGCGCCAACGCUUAUGCUGAAGUUGCCCCCAAUAGUGGAUGCGAAGUUGUCUACGACGGAUGUCCGCGAUCAUUUUCACAUGGAGUUUGGUGGCCACGCACUAAAUUUGGUAUUGAAGCCUACACAGAUUGUCCUACAGGAACCAGUGGUAAAGCUACUCGAAUGUGUGAUGAAACUCAAGUGAUACCAUGGCAAGAGCCAGACAUGUUCAAUUGUACUACAUCUACAUUCUACCAACUCAGAAAACAGCUUACUAAAAUAGAAACUGGAGAGUUAACAGUGAACACAUUCGUCGGAGUCCGCUUGGCAGAAGAUCUGACGUCGGCUUGUAUGAACACACAACACUUAUACGGAUCGGACAUCCUGAUUGCCGAAGGGAUUCUGAUGGAGUUACUGCAGUACGAGUUGAAACAGGCUGGAUUGAAUUUGACACACAGCCAGGACAAAGACUAUGUUAAGAACGUAAUAAAAUCAGCGAACACAAUUUUAAACCUGCAAUAUGACAUGGAAUGGCGGCGCAUACGACAACUUACUGGUCACGGCAUAGAAGAACUUCUGCAGAAGUUUGAUAAAUACAUCUCAGUACUUGCAGAAAGCCAACAUGACACUUAUACAAGUCCUUUUGAGAUCGUCACCGAUGAUUUGGUCAUUGGAGUAGACAUUGUCACAGCAGAAUCGAUAUACGGAUUCGAGCCCACGCAGCUCAAUCGAUACAACAUCGAGUCAUACACGACCGAAAGGGUAGUUCUCCCAGACACUUCAGCAUUCCUCCACUCUCCCAUACAAACUAGUUACUAUGGCAACGGGAAAAGUAAGAAGAAGAUCUCAAGUCCGACUGUGUCGUUUCCAAAAUACAAUAACUAUGUGAAGAACAAGAAUAAAUUUGACAAGUACACGAGGAUAUUACUGCCAUUGGAUUUGUUGGGGAUCGCUAAUAGUAAUUUACAUGAAAAUCUAGAAAUGAACUACGAAUGCCGAGCAGUAUUCUCAUACCUCCAAUAUUCGAGAAACACUUCCCAAUUGAUGCCACUACGUAUGGACGAGUCAGUCAGUCAACGGUGGGGGGUUAACAUCACAGUUGGCUCGCCGAUCAUACAGGUGGCGCUGUAUGUGCCGGAAUACGUGUGGAUGAGGGAGUCUCAUGAGGGGAAAGAGGAAAACUCUUUGGACAACAACAUGGAUGAUAUGGAAGGAAUAAUAUAUACCAACAAAGGCCACCAAAAUCAGGUUCCCAACCACAUAAAUACAAACCCACAAACUAAGAACACGUGGGCACAUGAUGACGAAUCUAACCAAGAAAGCCAUGGUCCCAUUCUAAUCCAACCGGCUUACAAGAAACAAGAGAAGAGUUCGUACACGAACGACAACUUACAAGAGAACGAAUCCAUGCUUGUUGCUGAUAAAGUUGAGUCAGAUGGUCCAAAAGUUAUGGCAUUGUCUAUGGUCCCAGAAGACGUGCAAAAUAAAGAUGGCGGCAACUCCACUAAAGAUGUUAUGAAAAAGUUAGUUUACAAAAGUAUGGGUGGGAUAAGAUUGAAAAGGCCUGUAAGAUUGCAGAUUUGGCUGGAUAUUGAUGCCGAAACGUUCGGUUCAAGAACCAAUCCGCAGUGUGUUCAUUGGUCUACAAUAAGAGGGUUCGGCGAAUGGUCCCGAGUGGGUUGCCAUACUGAUAUCGACUAUGACUGGUCACCAUACACGGGAGAGCCACUGCUUAUCAACUGCACUUGCAAUCAUUUGUCCACCUUCGCGGUUCUCGUCGACGAGGUUGAUAUUGAGUUCAUUCCGGAGCCGUCACUCCUAGAAUCUGUGACAUCAUACACCGCAUUCAGCCUCUCGCUCCCGCUCCUGUUCGUGACGUGGGCAGCGUUGUGUCUGAUGCGAGGAGGAGCCGCCACCGUCUCCAACUCCAUACACAAACACCUUAUCUUCUCCAUAUUCAUGGCUGAACUGCUGUUUCUCAUCGCUUUGAAAGCUAGGUCGUCACUUGUACAAAAUGAGUUUGCAUGCAAGCUAAUAGCGAUGGGCUUGCACUACUGGUGGGUGGCGGCGCUGGGGUGGAGCGCGUGCGACGCUUGGCAACUGCGGCGACUGCUCAGAGAACUCAGAGACGUGAACCACGGGCCUCUGGCGGCCCAGCUAGCUGUGGGCUAUGCAGCACCUGCAGUGGCUUUGGCUUUGGCUGCCAGUCACCAUCAGCAUCAGUAUGGAAACGCGUUGUUCUGCUGGGUGAGCUGCCACGAGCCGGUAGUGUGGUGGGUGGUGGUUCCCGCAGGCACAUACGCUAUCGCAACAUUGGCGAGCUUAGCGGGAGCUACACGAGCGGCCUUCACUGUGCGCGAUCACGUCACUGGCUUUGGGAAUCUGAGAAUGCUACUAGCCGUCAGCAUCAUUUGCCUGCCAUUGGUCUGCGCAGCGUGGGCCAGUGCUUUACUUCUCGGCAGCGAAAAUGGCGCCAGAAGAGACGUGCUCAGUUCUGUGCUGGCCGCAGCCGUAGCUUUACAUGCUGUGGCCGCCGCACUCGGAUACAUAGCCUUUAAUGUCCGUGUCAGAGAUAACCUCAGAAGAACAAUUCUUCGAUGCCUCGGAAAGAAAGUCCCACUGGCAGAUACUUCUAUCAUAGUCAGCACCAGUGCUCAGAAUCUAUCGCAAAUCAACAGGUCGGCACUCGCGUACCACAGCAGCACUGAGCCGGGCCGCCAGCUCCGCAACAUCGGGAUAUCAGCCUCCUCCACCACCUCGCGGUCCACCACCAAGACCAGCUCCAGUCCCUACAGCCGCAGUGAUGGGCAACUACGUCACACGAGCACGUCGACGUCAAACUACAACACUAGCGCGAGCGACAUGCCGGCUUAUCUAAGAGGAUUUGACUCAUCGUUACAUUCCCGGAGAGAUGACGAAGGCCGCCGCCGGCGUAAAGCAGCAAGGGAAGAAACAGGGGAAACCGAGGAAGCCACAGAAGCGACUGACAGUGAUAGCGACCACAGCGCGAGGAGUUUGGACCUCGCGUCUUCUCACUCUUCUGAUGAUGAUGAAACUAGCACUAGACGGUCCAGGUCUUCUCAUCCGCCUUCUGCAAGCAAAGAGCGAGGCUCGAGCAGUGCGGGCGGCAGCUUCCUGCCCAACAUCACGGAGGGCGCGCUGCUCGGCGUCGGUCGCUCGAGGUGGCCGCCGCAUGUCAGAGAUGAAACCAACCACACAGAAAUGGGUCGCUGGUCGCAAGAAACCGGGUCGGACACGGAGGGUUUGAACCCGAACAUGGCCUCCCCCUCCCCCAACCCGCUGCCCAACCCCGACCUAACUUCGGAUGUGUACCAGCUGAGUCGACACCGGAUGAAGCCCUCGAUAUUGGAGAAUGUCCAUGACACGUAUGUGGCUAGUGUGGAUGCGUCCAGACUGCCGCUAGACAAUAGAUACGGUGUUAUGGAAGAGGAGCUGAUGUACGGAGUCUUACCCAACGACACUGAGAAGCAAGUCCCGUACGACCCCAACUACCCAAUCUCCCCCACCAUGUACAGACUACCCACCAACCCCUACGGAUCCAAAACCUACCUCCCUUCCAGAACAUCAGAUUACGGCUACAGCCCUACCAAAUACCUCAGCACAGACGCAAAUGUCUACGGAUCGAGGGACUUCACUGGAGUAACAACGAGAGAACACGAGGGAUAUCCUUCUCGGGAUUUCAGGGAUUCCGGCAUUGCCACGAUGCUGAAGAAUGAUUACCAGAGGAAAAUGGAGAGUCACUAUGGAGGAGACUACACGGAGAGAAUGUCGGAGGGGUCCGAUAAACAUCAUCCUCAUGAUAAAUAUCUGUUCCCCUAUACAGCCGAGGAAGACCACGCUACUUUACGAGCUACUACCCAUCCACCGCAGACCCUAACUAGUGACCUGGCACAUUCAGGAGAUUCCCAACCGCAAAUGGGGGCGCCACUAGCUAGUAUGGGCGAAACGAGCGAGAAAUCUACUACUGAAGACGAUGCAGAGACCAGAGUAUAGCUCAAGAAUAGUACAAGAUUUCCUAUGAAUCUCAGUAAUUUGUUAAUUUUAAUUUAAUUAAUAAUAUUAAUAUUACCUAUAUUAAUAAUACCUAUAUUAAUAAUAUUAAUAUAGGUAUUAUUAUUUUAUUUAAUAUUACCUAUUCUAAAUAGCAUUAAUUUUGCAAAGACUGUUUUAUACAAUCAGUACCCACUGCCAUAGUGUAGUAAACUAUUUAUUUUAUUUGUGUAUAAUUUAAGUAGAAGUGGUUUACUCAAGUAAAUUUAAUAUUAAAAAUACUCAAUAUCUAAGUGAGAAUUAAUUGUAAAUAACAAGCAUGAUCUGCAAUAAUUUCACCAUAUUUGGCGCCAUCUGCUGUAUCCGUUUGGAACUAAAAUUCUUGUGAUCACAUAUUUUAAUACUUCAAUUUGUCUGUGACUUCAAUUCAAAAUAAACUGCACAACACAGUAAAUAAAGUAACUAAUUCAGAAACUGCUCAAUUUUUACAUGGUUUUACAUGUCUGCUCAAUACGUUUACAACAUAAAUACUUAUAUCUUUAUGUAUAGCGACACGUAACACAUGAGUUCACGAUACCUAAUUGCGAUAAAAUAUCUUACAAACAUACGAUAACAAAGUACUCAGUUGGUCUCAUGACAAGAACCUAUUGUCUGACAUUGGUGCAAUAGUAAUUGCACGUGACAAUCUUAGCUAUUUUCGUUUUUAUAUGAAUUCAUAGAGCUGUAAGUACAUAGAACAAAACUGAAUAGUAGAGUAAUAUGACUUUGAUAUUACUAUACCGGGAAUAGUGCAAAGAUGUUUUUUUUUAUUUACUUAUUUAAAUUAUUCUCGUAUAUGUAUGAUGUAGGUAUGGCAUCUAAAGUCACUAUGUAUAUAAUAAAAUACGCCUUUUAGAACUUUUUGAAGAAACAGUAGGUAUGUGCGUUUUAUAUUUAAUUUGAUUAGUGAAAUUGUUUCGUUAGACUUUCGCAGUAAAAUAGGACCUUUAUGUCUGUAGGUACAUUAUAAGUGGGCAUAAGAGAAGUUGGUUAAAGUAGGUGAAUCAAAAAGUAUUUAAAGUAGGUAUUUCACAGAAAUAUUUUUAUACUUGUAAGAAACCAAAUCUAGGAACUUAUUCGUUAUAGUUUUAGAAACGCUGCACAGAAAACAAGAAACAUUUUGAAAUUAAUUUCGAUUAUUAAAAAUGCACAUAAUAAAGAGGUAUUGAAAAAUAUAUAUUCCAAUAAAACUUGGAACAUCGCCUUUUAGUUUUACAUUUGUAUAGUGAUAAAUCUUUGAUGGGAUUGAUAGUUCGAAUAAAAUAAAAUUAAGCAGUUGUAUGUGUGUACAUAUGAAUAGUGUUGUGUGCGUUUGAGCAUUUUAACGAAGAGUCCACCUAUUUUGUAUGUAAAUAAUUUUUACACUUUGUAGCGGAUAAUUAAGUAGACAAUGUAAGAAGAAGCUUUAUUUAGAUUACUAUAGAUCUGAUUGCCAUAAUAAUUGUUUAACGAUUUUUUGUAUUAUGCAUGUACCGUGUGGUUUUAACAGAUUUUCAUAAGACUUUCGUGUCUGAAAUAGUGGUUAAGCAGAAGCGGAGAUAACCGUGAAAACCACACAAACUCGCCCCUCUGCUAAACUAUAUUGAUCGACUCGACAAGCAUUCGCAUUCAUUUCCGUAUCAGUGGUUUCACUUGAUCAAAAAUUAUUAAAGAUUAAUUAAUAAACCAGUAAUUAGAUAGAAUGUCUCCCUGUUGUUAUUUUCAUUAGAUAUAUAUCUGCUCUGAUUUACGCUUUGUGUGUUAGAUUUUAAUUCAAAUUAUUUAUUAUUGUACCCAUUCAGGUUUUUUGAACUCUCAACUAUAUACAUUCCAUUUUGUGAUGUUUUUAUUGUUUUUUAAAGACUAUUUGGAAAAUUUGUAAGUAGUUUUGUCGAUGGACCCUGUGUUUAUAUUGAAAUAAAAUAUUUUAUU